GGUGCUGCGGGAUGUGACAAGAGUUCAGAACUGAAGCAGGCUGAGCGAGCCGGGAGCUGUCCGCGGUGCUGAACAUCUGCUGCAGCUGCUGGACCAUCAUCAUCAUCAUCCCUCUGUGUCUCUGAUGACAUGUCCUCACCUGUGACACCAGCCAAGAGAGUGUCCUGGUGACUGAUUCCCCAAAUGAAAGGGUUCCUGGUGACUCAGGAUAAAGAUGAAGAGAUAAAAAUAGAACCAUUCAAGUGAUUUGAAUCGUCUUCUGAAGCCCCACAACACGGAUCAUUUAUAGCCUGCAGGCACUUUGAUUGAUCUAUGGAACAUCUUCAGCCACUCGACUGAGAUUUAUACUUCACUUUGUAAUUACAAUAAAGCGCCCUCUAGGGCUGCUAUUGAAUGACACUUAAAUAUUGACAAAGAAACCGAGGACAAAUGAUUGAAGUUGAAGUGGUGAGCUCGGCUUUUGUAUUGUUAGCCUAUCUUGAGAGUGUAUGUGUAAGAAAGAGAGAAAAAGAUAGAGGGACACGUGAAGAGCAGCCAGUACAAUCGAAUCAAACAUCGCUGAGCGUGCUACAGCUCACUGCUCAGCUCACCAGAGGGCUUAUGAAUAUGUGCUACUGAUUUUCCUUGUGUUAUUUCUGCUGGAAGAAGUUCUCUGCCCGGUGGUUGUGGGAAACACUGUGGUUGAGUUCAGUGUGUUGGCAGCUGCCAGAUUUCACUAUGCGGUCUUCAUCUUGGGUUUAGAAAUCACACUCUGUGACAAAGAUGACCCUGCGGUGCCGUGCCAUGCCUGAUAUCAUCUGACUGCAAAAUAAAACAUACACAGUAAAAAGUUUCACCCUUCAAAACAUUCCCUCAUUCCCAAAAUGAGUGACACAAACUACUGGGUUGUGGACUAUGAGCUCUCCUCUCCGGCUCCACCUGGGUUCCCCAGGGGCCCGACAGUGCUGCAACCCAUGGCAGGGCACCCAGAGCAGGGAACAGCCCUGUGUUUCGUUGGCCUCCUCGUGCUGCUGCUGCUCUUUCUCCUCAUUCGCUGCAUCCGUAUCUUGUUAGACCCCUACAGCAGCAUGCCAGCUUCCUCGUGGACGGACCAUAAGGAGGGGCUGGACAGAGGACAGUUUGAUUAUGCACUGGUGUAAAGAUGAGGAGGGGGAUGCAUUUGAAAAUCUGGGGAGGUUCUUUUCAGGGACUUUUGAUUGAUGAUGUCUGUUCCAUGCUCCACUAAAAGCUUCUGUUUCCAAAGUGUCAUCUCCUGAAAAUGAAAGAAAUGACACUUUACAGUAUAUCUGUUGUUUUGUUUGGGUAAUGGAAACUGUCAGUUGUCCUCUGCGAGAUGAGAGUAUCAAAACCAUAAAACACAAGCUGUGUAAUUAGGGAAUAUAGCGAGCCAGAGAGAGAAGGAAUAACACAACAGAAGCCUUGUGUCCAUUUUAAUUUACAGUAACUACUGUGUUAUUGGAGACUCAUGGUGUGUAUGAUGUUACACUGCAGCUUUUAUAGUGACAACCACAACAGGAAGACAACGAUCAGUAUCGCAGCAUUACCUUAUGACUCCUGUUUAUCAUGUCAUUUUGUAAUUGUAUAAUGUUUUUACAAAUCCGAGGGCUGAAUUAUAAAUAGAGAGCAGAGCUGCUGCAGCAGAGGUCCUGAUUGAAUAAAAGAGAAACUAAAUGAGUUUAGGGAAGCCAUGGAAGUAAUUAUACAGAACUAAUGCGCACUGUUACUGCAGAUUUAGAGACAAGACUGUAAACUUUAGAUGUUGAUUUAUUGUUAAAAAGUUUUUAUUUGUUUUAACUUUUUUUUUUUUUUCAGGUACAGCUGAACCAAAAAUUUAGAAGAUGUCAUAUUAGUUUCUCUGAAACUGAAAACCUUUUCGUUCAUUUUUAAUGUGAACCAUGCUGGAUAUUUUGUGAUAUUUGUAUCACCUUUAAGAUGAUCCUCAGGUAAAAUUAUUUCUAACUAACCAAAGCCUCCAUAAUUUGAGGAAAUCACUUUAUUUACCUCCUGAAAUUGAGCUCUAGCUGCUAUUUGUAUCACUCUAUUUUAAAUUCAGACUUGUCCUAAAUGUCAAUCUUUAUUUCACUAGAAAAUCUAAGAGUCACUAAUACAUAACAGUUAAUACAGCUUAUUUUUCUUCGGGUUUUGCUGUUUCAUGUCGCCAUCCCUUUAAGAGGCUUAUGAGGCUCAGUGCGAAGGGUCAGGGCCCUGGCUGAAUGUGUCAUCUGAAAUUAUGAUUAUGAAAUGCAUGUACACCAACUUCCUCCCCCUAAUCCUUUACCCUUAAGCCCCAUCCAGCGCAUCCCAAAACUGUACAACAGUGCCUGUAGGAACAUGGGAAAAGUUAUUUUUAUUUCGUACCAAUGUUGUUUCUGCUCCUUUUGCCACUUGUUUUGUAAUAUAAUUUUUGCCCUUAUAAUACUAUAAAGUCCUUUGAAAUGUGGCUCUGAAAAGCUCUUUACAAAUAAGGUUUAGUAUUGAUAUUUUACUCAUUUGUUAAAAAGUUGUUUGAUUCCUCAGUGGUGACCAGAAGACUGUUGUUGAAAUACCAAACUGUUGUAUAUGGUUCUUUGAUGUAGACUUAAAUUAGAUAUUUUCCUAAAGUUUCUUUUAAGUGGCAUAGAGUUUUUUUUAAUGAAAUAAAAGCUU